GGGCAGCUGGCCGCCAGCUCGCUCACGUGUUUGGCCUUGUUCCGCCCUCGCUCAUCCUCUAAUAGCGCUCCAUUACCGCUAACGAACCGUCCAAAAUCCCCCCCGUACAAUAAUAAACCACACUUGCUGGCAACCACAUCCCGCCCCGACUUUCUCGACGCUUCCUUCCUUCACCCUCAAGACCAAGUCGUCGUCGUCAUCCCACCCACCACACUCCUCCACCACUCUCUCCCCCGACGACCCGUCUGCCUCACCCCCCUUUCCGUUUGUUACCCAUCCUCUCUCUCCCCGCUCUCUCGCCCCCUCUGCAAACAUGGAUAUCAACCAGGUGCUGGAGGGGACUCUCUCCCCAGACGCCAACGUCCGCCAGGCUGCUGAGCAGCAGCUUCUCCAGGCUGCCGAGUCUGACUUUCCUCAAUACCUCACCAUCCUCGUCAAUGAGCUUGCCAACGAGCAAUCGCAACCCCACAUCCGAACUGCUGCCGGUCUGGCCCUCAAGAACUCCUUCACAGCACGCGAGUAUGCCCGGUUACGUCAGGUCCAGGAGCGCUGGCUCAACCUGAACUCCGAUAUCAAGCAGAACGUCAAGCAGACCGCCCUGCGAACCCUCGCCACUCCCGACAGCCGCGCUGGACAGUCGGCCGCCCAAUUCAUUGCCUCCGUUGCCGCCAUCGAGAUACCCCACAACCAAUGGCCCGAGCUGAUGCAAACCCUCGUCGAGAGCGUGAGCAACGGUGCAGACCACCAGAAGCAGGCCUCGUUGACCACAAUCGGUUUCAUCUGCGACACCGACGAUGCCGAUUUGCGUGAAGCCCUCGGUCACCACUCCAAUUCCAUUCUCACAGCCGUCGUGCAGGGUGCUCGUAAAGAGGAGACCAACAACGAUGUGCGUAAUGCCGCCAUCUCCGCUCUCGGCGAUUCGAUCGAGUUCGUGAGGUCCAACUUUGAGAAUGAGGGUGAGCGGAACUACAUUAUGCAAGUCAUCUGUGAAGCCACUCAGGCCGACGACAACCGUAUCCAGCAAGGCUCCUACGGAUGUCUGAACCGCAUAAUGGGUCUGUAUUACGACAAGAUGCGCUUCUACAUGGAGAAGGCUCUUUUCGGUCUCACGAUCCAAGGCAUGAAGAACGACGAGGAAGACGUCGCCAAGCUCGCCGUCGAAUUCUGGUGCACUGUUUGCGAGGAGGAAAUUUCCAUUGAAGAUGACAACACUCAAGCUCAAGCCGAAGGCUCGACCGAGUUAAGGGAAUACUUCAACUUCGCACGUGUGGCGACCGUAGAAGUUGUUCCUGUGCUGCUCGAGCUUCUUGCCAAGCAAGAUGAAGAUGCCGACGACAACGAAUACAACGUCUCGCGCGCUGCGUACCAGUGUCUUCAGCUGUGGGCGCAGUGCGUCGGCAGCGGAGUCGUGCCUCCGGUCCUCGCUUUCGUGGAGAAAAACCUACGUGCUGAAGACUGGCACUAUCGCGAUGCCGCCGUCUCAGCGUUCGGCGCCAUUAUGGAAGGUCCGGAGGAAAAUGUCCUGGACCCCUUGGUCAAACAGGCUUUGCCUGUGCUUAUUGCCAUGAUGGACGACCCCGUGUUGCACGUAAAGGAUUCCGCUGCGUACGCUUUGGGCCGUAUCUGCGAAGCAGCGCCCAACUCUGUGGAUGCUACAACGCACCUUCCUACCCUCAUCGGUGCAUUGUUCAGCGGCUUGUCGAGCCAUACAAAGAUGGCUGCAUCGUGCUGCUGGGCGCUGAUGAACCUCGCGGAGCGAUUCGCUGGAGAACCCGGUUGCGCAUCGAACCCUCUUUCUCCUCACUUCUCGCAGAGUAUCCAGCACCUUCUUCAAGUCACCGAACGAGGCGAUGCAGACAACCAGUUGCGUACUGCUGCUUACGAAGUGCUCAAUUCUUUUGUCGCCAACGCUGCCAACGACAGCAUCAGCCUCGUUGCUUCGCUGUCUAACGUCGUGCUCGAACGUCUGGAGAAGUCUAUACAGCUCCAGUCGCAGGUUGUCAGCGUUGAAGACAAGCUGACUCUCGAGGAAAUGCAAACUAGCUUGGCCAGCGUCGUCAUGGCGAUUGUCCAGCGAUUGGAAGGCGACAUCAAGCCUCAGGCUGACCGCAUCAUGCAAAUUCUUCUCACAUUGCUGUCGAGCCUCCCGCCAAAGUCGAGUGUUCCCGACGCGGUCUUUGCUGCCAUUGGUUCCAUCGCUACUGCGCUGGAAGAUGACUUCAUCAAGUACAUGGACGCUUUCUCCAAGUUCCUUUAUAAUGCUCUCGGCAAUCAGGAGGAGCCUGCGUUGUGUUCCAUGGCGAUAGGACUCGUCAGCGACAUCACACGUGCUCUGGGCGAGAAAAUUCAGCCAUACUGCGAUGCCUUCAUGAACUAUCUCUUGAACAACCUUCGCAGCAACCAGCUUGGCAACACAUUCAAGCCCGCUAUCCUUCAAUGCUUCGGCGACAUUGCGCAUGCAAUCCUAGGUGCCUUCGAGACAUAUCUUCCAGUCGUUGCUCAGGUAUUGCAGCAAGCCUCUACGGUAUCAAUGACCACAGAAAACAACUUUGAGCUGUUGGAUUAUAUCACUUCAUUGCGGGAGGGGAUCAUGGAUGCUUGGGAUGGCAUCAUCAUCGCCUUGAAGACAAGCGGAAAGACUCAAAUGCUCGUUCAGUACCUGGACUCGAUAUUCGAGCUCUUGCGUAUCAUUCAGGCGGAUAACAACCGCACGGAGAACCUUCUGCGAUCAUGCUGCGGUGUCAUUGGUGAUAUCGCCGAUGCUUUCCCCAACGGCGACGUCCGAGAGUAUUUCCGCCACGAUUUCUUGACUGUCAUGACGAGGGAGACGCGCGCCAACGCGGACUUUGGCGGUCGAACACGCGAGACAGCUCGAUGGGCACGUGAGCAGAUCAAGCGCCAAGUCGGUAUGUGA